UGUGACAAGGGAGCGGGGCAGUGGGGAACGGGCAGGUCGGCUUGGCAGCGGUCGGGCUCCACCCCCACAGGGCGAGGAAACCCGGCCGGGUGUUCCCCGAAAGCGGAGCGGAGGGCAGGUCCCCAGCUCAGCCUGCUUAACGUCUGCCUGCACGUACCCGCCACCCAGGGGUCCCCACCCAAUCUCACCCUCCCGUCACCAUGCGCGUCAUUUCAAGAGAAAGCAUGGAGCAGUGUGAGCUAAGGAAGUAGUAGGUGGCACCUCUCGCUGAUUGGGAGGCAGUCUUGAAGGUCUGCCUUCUGUGGUUACCAGGCUACGAGUGUAAACAGCCAUCAUGGCCACUAACUACAGUGCUAACCAGUAUGAAAAAGCCUUCUCAGCCAGUUAUCUGCAGAACUGGUCUCCUGCCAAGCCAACAAAACAGAGAAUUUCUCCCCAGGAAGGCUAUACCCAGAUUAUUGCUGAUGAUCGAGGUCAUCUGUUGCCUUCUGUGCCCCGUUCCAAGGCAAGUCCCUGGGGUUCUUUCAUGGGCACCUGGCAAAUGCCUCUGAAGAUACCUCCUGCUCGGGUGAACUUGACCUCCCGGACAGCUGCUGGUGCGGCUUCCCUCACCAAAUGGGUACAGAAAAAUCCUGAUCUACUUAAGGCCUCUAAUGGGCUUCGUCCUGAAAUCCUAGGCAAGCCCAGUGAUCCAGACAAUCAGAAGAAAGUCACGAAGGAGUCUGUCACAAAGACUGUACAGCAAACACCAACUCCAACUGUAAUUCCAAGAUCUCCUGCUACUGAAAAUUCCCCAGAUAGUUCCCAAAGCUCACACCCUUCUGCAGGUCACACUCCAGGUCCACAAAGCCCAAUCAACUCUCCCAAGAGUGUAACUGGAAGCCCAUGUGUGUGCUAGAAUGGUGAGCAGGUCUCUUUAUUUAGUCACGACCUAGAAAUGCAAACCAACAACUUCAGAAGCCCAAAUAGGCCACAGUGAGAAAAAUAUGUCUUGGAGAAUGAAUAAAAUAAGACUUCACAGUCAAAAAUGUGGAACAGAAAAGUUAUGGGGUAGGAGUUAAGACAAAUUUGAACAAUAAACAUUGUUGAAUCUUUU